UUGACAUUUCCUAUAUACUCCAAAACGAAAGAAAAACGAAAAGCGGAAAAAACUACGUGUCUCGAUGAAAUAUCGGGAAAGGAUUGUUCUAUAAAACAUCGAAAAACUAAAAAAAUACGUAAAUUACGGAUUUCGGAAAAUUAAAAAAUUGUUGGCUGCUUCAUUUGGGAUUUUUUAUACUGUAGUGAGCUGAAAAUUUUAUGAGCAUAAUUCAAAAUUAAUAUAUUUCUGCAGUCAAUCAGCCUGUUGGCUGUGCGAGCUAACAACAAAUACAACAUGCAAAUAUUACUUUCGUCCAUAUGUUUGGCGUUGACGAGCGUCGUCAUCGGGAACGCCUACUACCAGAAGAAGCAAUUCUAUCCUGCAGUUGUGUACAUCACCAAAUCUAAUGCAUCUAUGGCCGUUAUUUAUAUACAAUUUUUCGUUAUAGUUUUCAUGUUUGGAAAGUUAUUGCGCAAGAUAUUUCUGGGUACGUUACGAGCAGCUGAGUUUGAACAUCUACUAGAGCGGUUUUGGUAUGCGCUGACAGAAACAUGUCUUGCGUUUACUGUGUUCCGUGAUGACUUCAAUCCGCGAUUUGUAGCACUAUUUACAGUUUUAUUGUUUCUCAAAUCAUUCCAUUGGUUGGCAGAAGAACGCGUUGACUUUAUGGAGCGAUCACCUGUAUUGGGUUGGCUAUUUCAUAUACGCGUAGCAAGUCUGCUCGUAGUAUUGGGCGUUUUGGAUUACUUCUUACUUAUGCACGCCUACAAUUCGACCCUAGUUCGUGGCCCAACAGUGCAGUUAGUUUUUGGCUUUGAAUAUGCAAUAUUGCUAACUGUUGUUGCGAGUACAGCCAUCAAAUAUGUUCUACAUGCUGCUGAGAUGAGAACCGAUGUACCAUGGGAAAAUAAAGCCGUAUUUUUGCUCUACACUGAAUUGGUAAUUGGCAUGAUCAAAGUAAUACUCUAUGUGUUGUUCGUUGUAAUAAUGGCCAAAAUAUACGCAUUACCGAUGUUCGUAUUUCGCCCAAUGUUCUUUACAAUAAGAAAUUUCAAGAAAGCAUUGAGCGAUGUCAUUAUGUCAAGACGUGCUAUACGAAAUAUGAACACACUUUAUCCCGACGCAACUCCUGAAGAACUACGACUUUCAGAUAACAUAUGUAUAAUAUGCAGAGAAGACAUGGUUAAUCAUUCAAAAAAAUUGCCUUGCGGUCAUAUUUUCCACACCACAUGUUUACGUUCGUGGUUUCAACGCCAGCAAACCUGCCCAACAUGUCGACUAAAUAUAUUACGAACGCCUAAUGCCAACUCUACAGCGAUUCCAAGACCCGACGAAGCAGUUGGUGGGGCAGCUGCAGUACAAGGUGAUGCAGCAGCUGCUGGUGCUGGUCCAGCUGCCGCUGCUGCUGCUCCAUUACCAAAUCAGGCAAACGGUGCUGACAUACCACGGGUUGAUGGAGCAGCACCACCUAAUGCUGCAAAUAUCCCUGGAUUGUUUGAAAAUAUUGGCGUAGGCAAUGUCGGUUCCAAUAUACCUGGUGGCUUGCCGUCGGUUCCAACAACAGCGGCACCACCAAAUUUCCCAACAUUGCCUUUGGCUCCACCAUUCAUGAUGCCUCCUCCAUUCCCAUUUAUUGCACCAUAUGCUGUACCACCACCACCUAUGCCAUCUGAUCUAAGUACUUUGAGCGAUGAAGAAUUGAAAUUAUUAGAAGGAAAUGAGCGCCGCAAUGUUGAGGAGCGUAUCAAGUUGCUACGAAACAUUGAACUGAUGUUAAAUGCUGCAGGAAUAUUAAUGAAUAACUACCAAAUAAUUACUGCACGAUUGCAACCGACAGUACCAUUACCAACCGAAACUGCAACAUCUUCGAAAAACACAACCAAUGCUACUGUUAAUAACACAAACGAUGGACCCAGUACAUCAGCGGCUGCUGCUGCUGCGCUUGCUGAAAGUCAGUCGCAUGCAUCUCGCGUCAGUAACGCUGAAGCAAUAGCGAAACCAACAAUUCUUACAGAAAAUUCUACACAUCCUUCAUUGCAAAAGUAUGGCGAUGUGACAAUUGAAGAUUUAGGUGGGGAAGAGCAUGAGUACCGUGUUACGCACAGUGCUGAUGCUUCACCAGUAUUGGCCUCAUCCGCAGUGCAUACGACGGAAUUUGAGAUCAGUACUGAUGACAAAACUACAAACAUCACAGCUGAACAACCCGAGAAUGCCGAGCUUAGUGAACUGAGAAAACGACGUUUAAAAUUCCUUGAGGAAGUCAGCAAAUUGUCAACGCCAACAACAACAACAAAUUCUGAAAACACUUCAAGCGAUUAGAAAAGGAAUUUUAGCUUUAUGUUGUUUAAGUUUUGUUUUUCAAGAUUUUUGUUUUAUUGGGAAAUUAAAGGGUGGAAAAAAGUAAUUGCUAUUCAAAAAGAAAAACGAUAUAUAAAAAGACGGAAAGUACGUUGAAGUUAUGAUAGAAGCAAACAAUGAAGAGAUCAUGAGCUGAACUGUAUUUAAUAAUAUAUAAAUAAAAAAGAAUAUAUACUUACAUACAUACAUGAGAA